GAAUAUGGGGAGAAUUGCCAUGCAAGAUCCCCGAGACUGCCAGAGGAAGAUUGAGAUUAUAGCUUUCUACUUUCCUGGGCGUCGUACGGACUGGGACUGUGUGUGCGGCUGUUCGUUCUUGGCCAACUUCUUCCGGCUGCCGACUCCCAUGGAGGUGCAGAUGCACGGCGAAGUUCUUCGCUUUACCAAUGCAGAGGCUGCAUUCCAGGCGCUCAAGUUCAAGGACCAUGCGAAGGUGUUCCAGACUCUGGACGGCGAAGGUGCGUUUCAGAAGAAAGCUGCUCUACGAGGUCUGCUAGCAUGA